AGCGUGAAGUAGGUGAAAUAUUUUAAAACAAUAACAAAUAUUUUGUGUUUAUUUUUCUGUUGGUCCAUCUCGCGGUGAAAAUUAUCAAUAAUUAUUAUUUUUUAUUCCAAAAUGCUGCUCUUGAAAUCCAAUCGUCUAAUUUCGAUCAGUAGAAUACGAUACGCUUCACAUAAUGCAACGGCUCAACCCAAUGUGGAUCAGCGAGAAGUGGACACUUUACAACGAAUGUCGAGCGAAUGGUGGAAUCCGACGGGUCCUCUCAAAGGUCUCCAUUCAAUGAACGCUAUUCGGGUGCCUUUAGUCCGUGAUGGUUUGAUUUCAACGGGACUAGUCCCCAAAGAACAAAUCAGUUCCCCCAGGGUGCUUAGCGGCUUGAACAUUCUGGAAGUAGGUUGCGGAGGAGGUAUCUUAACAGAAGCAUUGGCUAGAAUACGUGCCAACAUGACCGGUAUAGAUCCGGGAGAACGUCUUAUCCAAGUAGCCAAAGAACAUGCUCAACUGGAUAGAUCAGAGGCAGUCAAUCGAAUUCAGUAUCUGAUCGAAACAAUUGAAGAUCACGCUAAGGCGAAUGCGGAAAAAUACGACGCAGUAGUAACGUCAGAGGUGUUAGAACAUGUAACUGACAAAGCGUCAUUUUUGGAACAUUGCAUAAUGGCUUUAAAGCCAGGAGGAUCAAUUUUCGUGACUACAUUGAAUAAAACCACUGCUUCCUGGCUCGGAGGAAUUGCUGUAGCUGAGCACGUUUUAAAGCUCGUUCCAGAAAACACUCACGAUUGGGACAAAUUUAUAUCACCGAUCGAUUUGCAAAGAUUGCUUAAAACUUUCAACUGCAGCACGAUCCUAGUGCAUGGAAUGGCGUACGAAUUUUGGCGAAACAAUUGGACUUGGUGCAAAAACACAGAAAUCAAUUACGCAGUCCAGGCUGUGAAAGUUCCCGAAACAUUAUCUAACUAAUAAAAAUGUAACAUAACAUGAA